GAGGAAAAGGUGAUGUCAGAGGAGAGGGAUGGAGCUGAGGAGGAGAGGAAGAGGAAGGCGGAGCCUUCAUCUUUCCAACCACCAACAAAGAAGAAAACAGAUAACAGCAGCGACGAGGGAGCUCAGGAUCAACCAACCACAGCUGACUCCGCCUCUUCUGCUGUUCCUAACCCCGCCCACGUGGACCCAGACAUCCUGUUGGAGCGUCAGGCCCACCUGCCCACCACGCACAAGUUCAGCCGAGAGCCAC